CACCUGUCUGUCUCAGGUAAGUGUGUUGUCACAGGGGCUGUGUCUAUUCCAGUUAUAACGCUACACACCUGUCCUGCUGUGUACAGGAGAGAUGGCGACCUCCCAGAAGUUGACGGAACACUUCCUCACAUGCACCAUAUGUACAGAGGUGUUUGACAAGCCCUGUACACUUGUGUGUAAUCACACCUUCUGUCGGAAAUGUGUCGUCAACUACACCAAAACCAGACCGGAAGCCAUCAGUGCCAAGUCUCUCCUGUGUCCAUUCUGCAGGAAGAUGACGAAAGUGUCUGAGCCCGAGAGACCAGUGGAGGAGUGGGCGGAUGACGUCAAGCCUAUCUUUGUCAUCCAGGGACUGUUGGACUCGUUUGGCCCCGGAUCUAAAGGUAUCCUGUACGUGGUUGACACUAACGACAGGGAGAGGUUUGUCGAGUCACGGGAGGAACUGAAGAACGUCAUCGACAGCGACGAGAUGAGAUUUGUUCCUGUCGUCGUCCUGGCUAACAAGCAAGACUUGCCAGGAGAGAUGGCGACCUCCCAGAAGUUGACAGAACACUUCCUGACAUGCACCAUAUGUACAGAGGUGUUUGACAAGCCCUGUACACUUGUGUGUAAUCACACCUUCUGUCGGAAAUGUGUCGUCAACUACACCAAAACCAGACGGGAAGCCCUCAGUGCCAAGUCUCUCCCGUGUCCAUUCUGCAGCAAGAUGACGAAAGUUUCUAACCCCGAGAGACCAGUGGAGGAGUGGGCGGAUGACGUCAAGCCGAGCUUUGUCAUCCAGGGACUUUUGGACUCGUUUGGCCCCGGAUCUAAAGAUACAACUUACUGCAGUUAUUGCAAGGAGGAAGGGGAGACAACUCCAGCUACAUCUUGGUGUUCUGUUUGUGACGACGCACUAUGUGAACGAUGUACAAGGAUGCACCAACGAAUCCCCUCUACUCGUCACCAUGACGUAGUUGACCUGUCUGGAGAGACAAGGGUCAAGGCGAAUAGAAAGGUCAUGUGUAAAGUUCACAAGGACGAGAAUAUCAAAUAUCUUUGUAAAGAUUGUAAAACAGCUGUUUGUCAAACAUGUUGCAUUAUCCAUCACAGGAAAUGUGACAUGGUUGUUGAAAUUGAGUCAGAGAUUCCUGCAAUGAAAACCGAGCUGAAAAGGAAUAAAGAGAAUUUGUUAAAGAAACACGAUGAGAUGAAAACAUAUGUUGGAAAACAAAACUCCAGGGUCAAAGAAGAAUUGGCGCUUCACCUAAAAAUAGAAUCAAACAUCAAGUCUGCAAGUCUCACAGCAAUAGAGGUGAUCAAAGCCAAGGAACGGAAACUUCUGUCUGAACUGAAAGAGAUGUCUGACAGACACAUUGGACAACUGAAGGUAGACAUAAAGUCAGGUGAGAUGUCAGUACAGAUGUACCAACAACAGACUGAACUGAUAGGCCAGGCUCUACAAUCUGAGUGUGACAUGGAUGUGUAUGAGAUGUAUCAGGGAUGUGAGGCCGGUGAUGUGGAGGCUGUCGGAGUCGUAGAGGUGAAGGAGAAGGGAAGAAUAGACAGGAUAACAUUCAGACAGGACACGGGCAAGCUGAGUAGAGCACUGGAAGAUCUCCCUCUGGGUGAGAUACACGUCCAGUAUGACGAUGUGCUGGACCUGAAGGCUGCUCCUGUGUUACAGGACACCAUUAACGUGACAGUAGCAGGAGAUGCAGAUGGAGGAGACCCCACUGACGUGACGGUGUUAGAGGUGAAUGGUACAGACACAGUGGUAGUUACAGACUACAAGAACAAGAGUGUCAAGUCCUUCUACACCAUGAACAGUCAGCCAGGUCACAGCACGCUCGGUCUGGAAGGUAGAUCAUGGGGUAUAACAAGGCUGAAACAGAACCAGGUGGCUGUCACUGUGUGGGAUACCAGUCAGAUUGUAACGGUUGAAGUGAACCCUGACCUGGUGCUGCUGUCGACCAUCACAACCAGCAAACAGUACCGGGGUAUAACUUCUCUGACACCAUCAACACUAGCAGCAAGUUCCCACUCCCCUCCCUGUGUUGAUAUCCUGGAUAUGUCGGGACACGUGCUGAAGUCAGUUUGUUCUGGCCACAAUGGUGGAGACAUCUUAAAGUAUCCCAACUUUCUCUGUACCACGAGGACAGGAAACAUCCUGGUGUCUGACAAUGGAACCGACUGUGUCCUAUGUCUGACCCCCGAGGGAGAUGUUGUGUUCAUCUGCAGACCUACAGGAGACACAGCACUGAUGGACCCUCGUGGUAUCACAAGUACCAGCACAGGCGACAUCCUGGUGGCAGACACCUCACAACACACAGUCAUCCAUCUGACAGAGUCAGGACAGUUUGUAAGAAACAUACUAACAUCACAGGAUGGUGUCCAGUGUCUAUGGGGACUGUGUGUUGGCGGGCGUGGUCGUAUGUACUUGUGUACAUCAGAUGUAGUGAAGGUAUUUACUUGCUGUAAGUGAGAGAACAUGUCACAAUCCCUUUCUUUAUGUUAAAUAUAGAUGUAUGUUACCUGGAUAGAUAUGAUGUGAUGCACUGUAGGAACAUUUGACUUUUGAUGUGAGCGGACGAACCAUACCUGUUGUAGAAAGACACAGCUUGUAAUGUAAUGAGGGUCGGUGGGGUAGCCUAGUGGUUAAAGCGUUCGCUCGUCUCGCCGAAGACCCGGAUUUGAUUCCUUACAUGGGUACAAAGUGUGAAAUCCAUUUCUGGUGUCCCCCGACUUGAUAUUGCUGGAGAUUGCUAAAAGCUAAAAGCGAUAUAAAUCCAUACUCUCUCACCUACUGUAAUGUAAUGUAAUAUAUAUAUGUACUUCUACUUUAUAUUCAGAUAUAUUGUCUCAAUAGCACUAUGUGGUCCAAAAUCAUUUAGAAUAUUGAUAUUUUGAGUUGUCGUAAUGAUAACGAAUCUUGGAAUCUAAGUAACUUUGAUGAACAAAUGCUUUAAAGAAUUUACUCAGUGGGUUGUAGGCCUUGUGGCAUGUUUGUAAUGCAAGCAGCCAUUACUUCUACUGUAUAUUCAGAUAUAUUGUCUCAAUAACACUGUGUAGUGCAGUAUCAUGUAGAAUAUUGGUAUGUUGAGUUGUAAUGCUUUUGAAUCACAUUUCUUUAACUGACUUUGAUGAACGAUUGUUUUACAAAAUUUACUGUAUGGGUUGUAGGUCUUAUGGCGUGUUUAUCACCGGUUCUCACUCUCUUCUCGACAUGUUGUGUGAUAUGCAUAGCAGGGCAAUCGUCUUUGCUCACAUUUUAGCAACUCUGUAUACGUUAUUCUGAUCACAUUUAUGCUUGUGAUGUUAACUCAGUGUUGGAUACGGGGUCGUGUUUGAUCGGUACAAAAGCAGCCAAACUAGUUGGAGCAUGAAGUCAGUUUAGAGCAGCCAACCGAUCACCAAUUAGAUACAGUAAAACUACCACUGCACACAUACACAUGAAUUGCCUUGUCGACUUGUGACAUGUUGUGAUGUACAAACCGACAGCUCUACGUUCGAUUGACGUGCCAACUGAGCGGUCAAAGGGAGAUAAGUCUUUAUGAGAUGUAUAUGAAGAGCCAUAAAAUAUAGCGAACGAAUGAAUAUUAUAUCAGUGAGUUAGUUACGGGUUUGCGCUGCUUGUCACAUUAUUUCAACAAUAUCGCAGCGGGGAACAUCAGAAGUUGGGCUCACGCAUUAUAAUUUGUUGGGAAUAGAACCCGGGUCUUUGUCGUGACGAAGGAACGCUUGAACCACUGGCCUACCCGGCCCCUAUUUUAUCACAAUUUGUGUUUAGUGUGAGUGUUGUAAAUUGAUAUCCCCAUCCCCGCUGUCAAUCUCCAGGACUCGUUGAUGUUGCAUCUGUUCGUAAGUCACCAUCAGACAUAGCGAUGAUGUGGUAUAAAACAUUAUUCACUCAAACAUCUACAUGGACGAGUAGGUCCGAGUAGUAAAAUGUUUCUAAAUGAAAAGAUCCCAAAUUAAAAAAAUUGACAUGAACAUGGAAAUUGAUAAUGUAUUCCAACAUUAGACACACAGCUGGAGUAUGUUCACAUUUUUUAAAAAUAGCGCUGUAUCUAGUAUAGGUAUUAAAAUACUUAAAUUAUCUGAAAGGAUGGAAA